AUGUCCACCCAGCUCGGGACGCGCACCGUCCUCGCGCGCCACCUCCCCCGGCGGGCUUACCUAUCCCUCGUCCGCCACGCCUCGGACAUCCCGAAGCGCGUCGCCCUCCGCGGCGAGGGCAUCCUGACCUCCCCGCGCUUCAACAAAGGCACCGCAUUCACCGAGCGCGAGCGCGAGGACUUUGGGCUCGUCGGCCGCCUCCCGUACCGCGUGAACACGCUCGAGGAGCAGUGCGAGCGCGCGUACGCGCAGCUGAGCUCGCGCGAUCACCCCCUGCGGAAGAACACGUUCCUCCAGAGCAUGAAGGACCAGAACUGGGUCCUGUACUACGCGCUGCUCAAGAAGCACCUGAAGGAGACCGUGCCGAUCGUGUACACGCCGACGCAGGCGGACGCAAUCGCGAACUACUCCAACUUGUUCCGGAGGAGCGAGGGACUUUACCUGAGCUAUCCCGACAAGGAUACUAUGGAAGAGGCGUUCCUCAGGCAGAUCACUGGCCGCGAGGUUGACCUAGUUGUUGUCACCGAUUCCGAGGCCAUCCUUGGUAUCGGCGACCAGGGCGUCGGAGGCAUCGCUAUUUCGGCGGCAAAGUCCGUCAUCUAUACUCUAAUAGGCAAGGUCGAUCCUAGCCGUACACUCGCUGUUGCUCUAGACGUUGGUACAAACAACGAGAACCUGCUACAUGACCCUCUAUACGUCGGCUGGCAAAAACCGCGUAUUCAGGGCCAGGAAUACGACGAUUUUGUAGACAAAUUUGUGCAACUCGUCCGCAAGCACUUACCACACUCCUUACUGCAUUUCGAAGACUUCGGCGUUGCGAAUGCCCACCGACUAUUAAGACGCUACCGCUCUGUGCACUCCGUCUUCAACGACGAUAUUCAGGGCACGGGCGCUGUCACCCUCGCAGGAGCCAUGUCCGCCGUUGGCGUUACUGGGAGCUCCCUCCACGAGCAGCGUAUCGUGAUCUACGGUGCUGGCACCGCAGGUCUCGGUAUCGCCACCCAGCUGCGCGAUGCUAUGGUUGCCAUCGACGGUGCCUCUGUUGAGGAUGCUACCCGUCGUUUCUACUGCAUUGACCGCCCGGGUCUCCUCACCGACGACCUUCCCGCCGGGCUCAUGCGCGAUGACCAGCACGAGUGGGCACGUCCCGCUGCUGAGUGGGCUGGCGAGCGCAACGGCAAGGACCGUAUAGAUCUGAUCGACGUCGUCCGCAAGAUCAAGCCAACGAUGCUCGUCGGUACUUCCACCCACGCCGGCGCCUUCACCGAAGAAGUCGUUCGGACGAUGGCGAGUAAUGUCGAGAGGCCGAUCAUCUUUUCGUUGUCGAACCCGAGUCGACUGGUUGAGGUGCACCCGCACGAUGCGAACGCCUGGACGGAGGGCAGGGCUCUUUUGGCGACCGGGAGCCCGUUCCCGCCCGCAAAGAUGCCGAGUGGGAGGGAUUACCCGAUCGCCGAGUGCAACAACGCGCUCAUCUAUCCCGGCCUCGGCUUCGGCGCCGUCCUCUCCCGCUCACGCGAGGUGACGGACAACAUGAUCAUCGCGGGCGCGCGCCGCCUCGCAGCGCUGUCGCCCGCACUAAAGGACCCAGACAACUCGUUGCUGCCGGAUUUGCAGGACGCACCGGAUGUGAACCUGGAGAUUGCUGUCGCUGUUGCGGAGCAGGCGAUCGAGGAUGGGACGGCUGGUGUGUCGUGGGCGAAGGAGGAGGUGCGCGACAGGGCGAAGGAGAAGAUCUGGGAGCCGGUGUACCAGGAGUAUGUGUUUGAUGAGAACGGUGAUAGGUAG